AUGGAGCUGGAAGCGCUGCGGUCCAUCUACGAGGGAGACCGCUGCUUCAGGGAGCUCAGCCCCGUGUCCUUCCAGUACCGGAUAGGUGAAAAUGGAGAUCCCAAAGCCUUUCUAAUAGAGGUUUCUUGGCCAGAAACAUAUCCACAAACAGCUCCAGUCCUAUCGAUGGACGCUUUCUUCAACAACACAAUAUCUUCAACUGUUAAACAAAGCAUACUGGAUAAAUUAAUGGUAGAAGUUGAAGCUAAUCUUGGAACUGCUAUGACAUAUACACUUUUUGAAUAUGCCAAAGAUCAUAAAGAAUUGUUCAUGGAAAAUCAGCCUGUUAACACUGUGACUUCAGCAAGCAAUAGUAUUGCAAUUGGAACUCCUGAUGUGCCAGCAAGUAAGAAGAAAGAUAAAAAGGAACAGUUAUCCAAAACCCAGAAACGAAAGCUAGCUGACAAAACAGAUCACAAAGGGGAACUUCCUCGAGGAUGGAACUGGGUGGAUGUAAUUAAGCAUUUAAGCAAAACUGGUUCUAAAGAUGAUGAAUAAAGGACUUUGGUACAAGGAAACUCCACCUUUUAAUACAGUACAAUUUUGGGUCACCAUAUUUCUCUUAAUAACUUUCUUACUUGUUGAAGUAAACAUUUUAUAAAGCUCAAUUUCCUAACUCGUAAGCCUAGUCACACAAGUUGAUCUAGAGACUUUGUGAUCUUUGACAACAAAACUUGCCUUAAAUGAAGGUUAAAAUGUGACAAAGGAUAUAGAGAGCCAAUGUGGUGAAAUGAAUAGUGAUAUAUGCAGUGUUAAUUAAUUUAUAUUUUACUGUGUAGUAAAAUCCUGUUAUAGUGAACCAAUGAUACUGUAAACAUUUCCUGAUGUUCUUUUUGAAUAGAAAAAAGAAAAAAACCCCACUAUAACAGUGAUUUGUCACUUAACAGCAUAAUUCAUCAAAAUAAAUUAUUCCAUGGAAACAAAACCUUUGUCAUUUGUUUAUCUAAUACAAAUGUAGAAGGAGAACCUAAAAAUCAUUAUAUGAUUAUAAACACUAGAGUUUGUGGUCCCAUUUUCACUAGUUAUUGACUUAAGUAGUUUAUUCUAGCGAAUGCAAGGCCAAAUAUUCUAGUCUAUUCAAAAAGUGUGGUUACAGCAGUGUAUCUUAUUUUGUGCAGUGUCCAUCUGUUAGUCUUUCU